UUUAUUGUUUAGCAGUAUAACAAUUAGAAAAAAAAAAAGAAAAAAAAAGAAAAAGAUAAUGGCAGCCACAAUCAUGUCCUCAGUAACACUAAAGCCUGCUUCAUUCAACAUUCAGACACCAGCAAAAGGCUUGCCUUCACUUGCCAAAACCUCCUUCAAGAUUCAAGCUAGUGGUGUCAAGAAGAUCAAAACUGACAAACCUUUUGGAAUUGGAGGUGGUAUGGCACUAAGAGAUGGUAAAGACGCCUCAGGAAGGAAGCCAAGGGGGAAAGGUGUCUACCAAUUUGUUGACAAGUAUGGUGCUAAUGUUGAUGGUUACAGUCCCAUCUAUAAUGAGGAAGAAUGGGCUCCAAGCGGUGAUCGCUAUGCUGGUGGGACCACAGGGUUGUUGAUAUGGGCUGUUACUUUGGCUGGAAUUCUAGGAGGGGGUGCUCUUCUAGUUUAUAGCACAAGUGCUUUGGCACAGUAAAAUGUUUCGAGAGUGUUAAUGUAUCUAUUGUUUGGUGUAAUUUGGUCAAUGAAAUAGAAGCCUACAGGCAAAUAUGUACAAUAUACAUCAAAUCUAUAAUCUUGUUUGUCAUGCUUCUUCCCCAA